AUGGAACGGCUGCGCAGUGCUAUUCAGUGUGCAACAAAUGUGUCCACGUUUGGAAAUCUCCAAAAGACCUUCAUAAACAUUCUGCUUCUUACAGAACAAGGAGCAAAACGUGCCACCAGUUACUUUCCGAUCGUGAUCGUGUUCCCGUCCGACAGAGUAUCUCAUCGCUACCGCGCAACUGAAUGUGCUGCACCAGGCCGCCUCAUGUUCCAGUCGCUACGAUAUUUGAAACAUCGCGAUACAUGUAUAUUUGUAAUGUACUACUCAUAA